AUGCAACUCUCACGAACCGCUUAUCGCGCCGCACUCUUCCCCCUCAGCGUGAACCCUCUAUUGGCCCGUGCCUCCCUCCAACACGCCGCCUGCUGGUCUUUGAGCUCCAACCACGGCACAUAUCCCGCGCACCCAUUCGCCUCGACGCUCUCCUCGUCCUCGUGCUCCUCGCGACUCUACGGCGUUCUCUUCCCGCAGUGCAUUGCACGUCCUAACGCCAAUCAACCCGUCUUCAAGCCGUCCUCUACACCCUCGAAUUCAAAUUCAACCGCAAAAGCCAUGUCCACGUCCACAUCGCCGGGCUCGCCGUCCGCAGCUUCAACUCAGCACUCCACGCAAUCCACGUCUGCUGCGCAAACAGACACAAACGGGAAUACUUCCAAUCAAGAAAAAGAUGGUCACGAGCCUGAACAUGCGCACGACCACAAAGAACAACUGUACCUGCCCUCCACCGAAGACGCCUCCAGUCAUUCGGGCAACAUUCGUCUGGACGUGAGUUCCGAGAGCGGCGUCACGCUAGACCAUCUCGGUCCCAUGGUCGUUAAUGUGGAUGGGUCGUUGUCGCGCAUCGGCAAUUGGGCGCAGAUGGCGGAGAUUGAGCGGAGGAAUACGUUGAGGAUCAUUGGGAAGAGAAAUCGGGAGCGGUUGGCGAGGUUGAAGGCGGAGGGGGUGCAGGUUGGUGGUGUUGAGGAGCGGGAGGGUUAG